CUCCAAAUCAACUCACCAUGGCUGGCCCUAAAUCUGCCGCUCUCUUGCUCUUGCUGGCCAAUAUGGCCUCUGCUUCUCUUUGGCCUAUGGCUCGGGGGGAAGCAUCGUCCGCGACCCUGGCUGCUGCUGCAAGCGCGACCUCGACGUCGACCUGCUGGAAGUACUCCAUUCCUGCGAAUCUCACCGAAGACGAUAUUGAACAGAAUGACGCAAGUUCAUCGACAAGGCGACGGAGCCACGAUGGGAUCAUGCACCUGAACCAUUUUGCCCGCAGAGGUCAUGACGAUAUUACUGAAUUAGGCAAAUGCAAAUUGACCGACACAAUUUACAAGCCCAAGUAUUUUACUUCGAAGAGGAUACAAAGUGGCCAGGACAGCACAGAUGGCUAUAGCUUUCUCGGCUACUUUAUCCCGAAACUGGAUUCAUGCGACGCAGCUGCCACUUAUACCACAAUUGCCAAGUCAGCGGACGUUCCGAAGGCGACGGCAGCCUAUUGGGACACCGUCGAGGCUAACACUCAGAAAACCUACCUCGCUCUGGGGACACAAAUCAAAGAAGCCAACGCUCACGAUCCUCACAUCAACAUCGAUCAUGUUUAUGAACUGCAGAUUCUAGAUUCAUUCCUGACGGCUAUGAUCGAAAAGUACAAUUUCUGCGACAGCUUUAACACAUGGUUCCUGGAAAUCGAUACUACUUUCAAGAACCAGAGAGGUGAACUCAAGUCCCGACUCCAGAAGCUCUACAGCUUUUUACCUGGCCAAAAAUACCCAGAUCUGGUGGCCGAGGAUAGUCGCUUAAAUAGCUACAAAGCGCCUAUGUUUGGAAGCGACAGCCUAAGCGGCUUGCCCACGCCGAGUAAAGGAGAUGCCCUCCAAUCCAAUGCCUUGAGCAUUAUGAACACCAUGGCGGUUGUGGUGGCCAUGCUCCGCGAUAGCAGCAUUGCGAAUUACUUCAAGAACUCCAACACCCGUAUUUACAAAGCAUUUCUUGGAAUUGAUAGCCUCAUGGCAUCCCAGAAACAGUGCAAUGCGGAUCUGGACCUCCCCCAGCCGAAUGGCGGCUGGGCCAGCGCCUAUUCCAGCUGGAUGGAAGACUUUGUGCAGACCCAAGCGAACGCGGUCUCGACCCGCAUCUCCGCGGUGUCGGCAGUCGUGACUAGCACGGAGGCUGCGGGGGUGAAGAAUAUCUACGGCAAGGCGUUGGAUGCGUUCAAUGAGAAAUACCCGGCAUCGUCUUGGAAAUGGGAGAACAGCCAGCUGCUGGACUGGAGUGCAAAGGAUGGCACUGCUUUUGCUAAGCGCGAAUCUUCAGUGGCCGCCUGCACACCCACUUCGAUGGCAUCUUCCUCCGCAAAAGCAUCCCACUCUGCCUCCAGCAAGGCCACACCGGCGCAUACGGGAAGCACGGCAACUGAGACAGGAUCGCACUCAGCCAAGGCCACCGUGACGAGCUCGCACAAGGCCACGGUCACGCCGACAACGCACACCUCUUCCACCGCCGCAGCCGAGACCAAGACCAGACACAGCUCCGAAUCUGCCGAGGUUGAACACUCGUCGAAGACUACCAGUAGCGCGAAGGUGGUAGACACGGAGACCAGCAAAGCGGCACACAGCCCUUCAACGGAGGCCAAGCACUCCACCACCAGCACAAAGACCACUACCUCGGAGGCCAAGGAGACGACCAGCACCAAGGGAUCUACCAGCGCGAUGGCCAAAGAGACCACGAGUACGACCUCCACGCACUCGACCACCAGCACAAAAGCCACCACCUCGGAGGCCAAGGAGACCACGAGUACGACAUCCACGCACUCCACCACUUCGGAGAAGAAGACCACUACCACGACCGAGGCCAAGGAGACGGAGAAGGCCACCACGACCAAGGAGGAAAAGACCAAGACCACCACUAAGAAGUCCUCGGAGGCGACCAAGGACUCGUCGUCGUCAUCUUCAUCGUGUAAGAAGAAGAAGUGCAAGAAGGGGUAAGUGGAUCCGGAUGCUGAGAGAAGUCCCGACUAACAUGGAUAGGAAAUGCACUUGUGUGUCCUGAGGGGGUUGACGACAUUGGAGUGUGGCUUGGAUGAGUGUACAUUAUUCUCUUCUCCGAGGCUGUGGAUAGCCCGACUUGUCUUAGUGUUAACUUUUGGAUUC